CGCCUACAGCUGCAGCCUGCCUUCCUCCCUCCAUCCCUCCAUCCCUCCAUCCUCCCCGCCUCCCACCUCGCAUCGUUCCCUUGCGUCUCCCACUCCUGCAUCCCUCUCUUCUACAUCCCUCCUCCCGCAUCCCUCCUCCCGCAUCCCUCUCUCCACCCCUCCCUCCUUCCCUCCCUCCCUCUGCCUGCGCAGAGCCGCGGACAUGGCGCUCAGCAAUUUCCUCUUCGCUCAGUGCAUCUGCUAUUUCCUGGCCUUUCUCUUCAGCUUCAUCGUGGUGGUGCCACUCUCCGAGAAUGGCAACGACUUCCACGGCCGCUGCCUGCUCUUCACCGAGGGCAUGUGGCUCAACGCCAACCUGACGGUGGAGCGGCAGCGCUUCACGGUGCAGGAGUGGGGGCCUGAGGCCGCUUGCCGCUUUAGCAUCUUCACCGGGCUCCUCUCCCUGCUGCUGGCCACAGUGCAGGCCUGGAGGACCCUCUUCUUCCUCUGCAAAGGGCACGAGGACUCUUUCUUUUACGCCUUCCUGAAUCUGCUGAUCAGCGCCUUUGUGGUGUUCAUCACAUUUAUUGCCAGCACUAUAGUGAGUGUAGGAUUUAACAUGUGGUGUGAUGCAAUUACUGAAAAAGGAAGCAUGCCAAAUAGCUGUGAAGAAUUGCAGGAUAUAGAUCUUGAGCUGAACUUGGAAAACUCUGCUUUCUAUGACCAAUUUGCUAUUGCACAGUUUGGUCUCUGGGCUGCCUGGCUGACUUGGCUGGCAAUUACCAUUCUGGCUUUCCUGAAGGUCUAUCACAACUACAGACAGGAGGAUCUGCUAGAUAGCCUGAUCCAUGAGAAGGAGCUGUUGCUAGGAAGAUCCCCUUCACGAUCCUCUUUGCAAGAUGACAAAAGUGGCAUGAUCUAAAGUGUAAGCAAAUUUCCAGGGCAGGAUCUAGAUUUUAUUAUUCAGUAAUGUGAGCUGAAGCUGAGUCAGGGUAUUGAGUGUGUGAGACCUUUUCUUUUCCUGAAAUGAAAUGCAAUUGUGAAUCACUCACUUCCCCCAUGAGAAAUUGCUGGCAGAAAUACUGAUAUUAGGAUAAAGAGAAUGAACUGCCCUAUGUGCCUAUGGCACAGCAAACUUUCUGUCCUGUGCAGGCAAAAUUUGUAACCUGCCCUUGUCAGCAGAGCUCCCAUGUGCCAUCGCUGGCUUUUGCCACAGGGGCCGUUUCUGAGAACUGAGCUGGCAAGCCCAGGCUACAACAUCCAGGCUAUUUCUUCAAACUAUUCUUCAAAAUAGUUGUAACUGGAGCUGCUUUCAGUCCCUCUCCUCCCUUUUGCCAGUGAAGCUGCCCCUGUUCUGUCUUUAUUCUGGGAAGCUGCAGCUCUGGUUUGGGUGCAGGCUGUCACUGUCUCUGCUUUUGCUGUGUAUGGAUGCAGUGCUGAUGAACAUGUUGCUCCUGCUCUGAUUUUAUUCAAAACAUAGAGACCUGUGUUCCAGACUUGAUAUUUAAUAUUGGACAGUGUUAAUGAGUUUCACGAAACCUGUGUAUUAUUAUAGCACCUGCCAAAUACUGUGUAUAAUAUGGAAGGAUGACGGAGAACAUUUGUGGUUUUGUUUCUUCUUAGAUUUUGGCAUGACCAGCAUUUAUUAUGACUCCUGAAGUGAAGUGUAGCUAGAAAUUGCUGAAGCUUGCAUACUAAGAAAUUAAGCUGAAUAGAUAGUAUUAAUGCUUGUGCAUUUAUAAAUGUAACUUGGUCCCUAACAUUGUACACUAUUCUGUUUUGAAUAUUAGAAUUUAUUUGUGAUAUUUAUUUCAUAUAGGAUAUGAAAAACUACUGUAAGCAUUUGCAUUGUAGGUUCUAUAUAUAAACACAGCAAGGAGUUAAAACAGCUGAGUUAUUUUAUAGGUAGUGCAGUGCUGAAUGGGUCUAUUCUCUCCACUCAUGGGCAGGAGUUCCAGGGCAGGUGAAUUUUGCUGUGAAAAGGAAGAAUAAUUGCUGUUUACACAAAGCUCACUGGUGACUGUGUUGUUGCUUUCAGUUUUGCUUGGCCAGUGCUUCAACAAAUGAGGUGGAUUGUUGAGAUCAGAGGUAGCUCUGAUAAUUAAGAAGAGUCACUCAGAGGCGCGUGGGAUUUGCAUGGCAGAGAAGUAAAGCUGUACUAGGAUUAGGCAUUUAUCCCUAGGUACACAUUGCACAGAAGACCCCAAAUCAGCAGGAAACUUAAGCAAACAACUAAGUUUGGACUGAAGAUUUUUUGGGAAUAUGCUGACUCUGGCUUUGGUGUCUGUGUUUGAGUUGAGACUGAAUUUAUUGCAACAGAAGUGCAAACCACACAGGGUUAUAUGACCUGGUAAAUCAGAAUGAGGGGAGAGAGGACAGCAGGCUUCUACCCCAUCAGAGCUCAAGCCUGGGGUUAGCACAACCAUGCAGAUUUACUGUUGUCUCCUAGGGACUCUCUGAUGCUUAGUUAAGUACCAGUUUAAGCAUUUCAUUGAAACAGAAUUUGAUGUCAUGAAAAAUCACUCAAUUAUUAAGCAUUUUAGGGCAUAAAAUCUGACAUUGUAUUUAACUGCCAAAAUGUUCUCAUAGGUUUAGAGAAAAAGCCCUCCAUGGGCCCUAAGCAGUAAGCCAGCCCUGUGAACAUUGCUUAUAACUCCAGCUGGCCACACUUCUCCGUAGAGAGGCCUUGUUCUUCAGCAUGAUUUCUGCCCACAAGAGAAUUCAAUUCAUUUGAAAGCUUUGCACCAGUGGCAUUUUUUUUAUAGUUGGAAGUUGACAUCUGAGGAGGACGCCUGGAGAGGGAAUCAGAGAUCAAGUUAAUUAAUGCCAAUUUAAAAUUCAGAUAUCAGGACUGUCAGAGUGCCUUUUUAAAAAUUCUUUUGGUCUAAUAGUUUGGAUAUUAAGAAAAGUCUCUUCACUGAAAGGGUUGUCAAGUACUGGAACAGGCUGCCCAAGGAAGUGGUGGAAUCACCAUCGCUGGGUGUAUUUAAAAGAAAGGUAGAUAUGGCACUGUGGGACAAGGUUGAGUGGUGGCCUGAGCAGUGCCAGGUUAUUGAUUUGACUGGAUGAUCCUAGAGGUCUUUUUCAACCUAAAUUACUCUGUCUCUAGUAGGAGAUAUACUCUUUCUAGUACCUGAGUCCAUUGCCAGGGAAUGACCUUCUUUAUACCCUGAAAAAGAGUUUGGGUCUUGUAAGUUAACCUAUUUCCCCAGUUUCUCCAGCUGUAAAAGGCAGUCUCACUUUAACUCAGUAAUUACUCAGUAAUUUGUCUCUUCCCACAAAUUACUUCAGUGCAUGCCUUACUCCUUGUGUGGAACCAUGAUGCUGCGUUGUAUAAUAUAUUUUAUGUAUAUGCCAAAUCAGGCUGAGGCUGAAGUGACAUGUGGGUUGGGACCACUGUUCCUGGUGUUGCCUGAGGGUUUGGAGAACCAUGAGGCAGCAGAUAACAAAUGUCUUCUUGUGGUUCUUGCUCUGAGGUAGGUACCAGGGCACGAGCCUUGUCUCUGGUUCUGAAAGAGAGGAUGCUGCUUGUGGGCGAGGCUCUCUUGAGCUCAUGCUCUCUUCUACCUCUCCUGUCUCAAGGUCUUUUUUCUCCUUUCCACUUCCAUGAGAAGCAGCAAACACUGGUCCUGGGUUUGGAGUUGCUAUGCAAAAUGAUAAAAGGCUAAAGCUGUUCUGUGAGUCCCAUGUGAAUGGGAGUGUUUUUCACAGCUUUCCCAUGUCAGUCUGUUUUUCACAGCUUCCUUGCCUUGACCAGGUGGGGUGAGGCUGGUACCCCCUUGCAAGCAUCAGUGAUGCUUAAAAGCAAAGCUGUUUCUGAUGGAAGGCCCUGUGUGAGUCAGAAGUUGCAUCCUGCAACUCCCAGUUUUUGGACACACUUGAUGUUUUUUAUUUGCACUAAGUUUUCUGCAACAUCUUCUCCUAAAGCUCAGGCACUCAGGCCAAGCUGGUGAUGCCAAGCUGGAAAUGUGUUAGAAUUGUGGUAUAAUUUAUGCACACAUACAUACCUACCUACCUGUGCUUCUCUCAUGCACUUCUCUCUUUUGUACAUUUCUGAUGUCUGAUUUUAGUCACCCAUUGCCAACCACCACAUCUUGGGGCUGAGUCAAAUUUUGCGUUUCUGUGACAUUUCAAUACCUUUAAUUUGCCAUGUCCAAAGGCAAUGUCUGGGAACACUCUAGCAAGAGUUGUAUUCAAAGAACUAGAACACUGUGUGGCACUUAUACUUGUAUUUAUUUAUUUAUUGUCACAUGGUGCAAGGGGAGAAAGCUUUGUGGCCUUUCCACGGCACUGGACUGUUGCCACACCAUUAUUCUGUUGUACCAAAUAUAUUCUCUGGCUACCAUCUGUGGCUGAAUUCCACACCAAUGCCCAACCAGCAGUCCUCAUUGGGCUAAAGAAUCUAAUCUAACAAGUGUCAUCUGAGCUUUUAGAUCAAUGCUGUUUAUUUGUCACAAUACCGCAUGAAAUAACUCACACAUGGAUGCCAGAUGCAAAAGAGGGAAGAAAAUAACCAAAAGAGAGACUUUAUCUUCUGAUUCUGCAAUAUAUACAAUUUCAAAAGUGACAGUGGAUUGGAGGAUGAAAUUGCCACCUCUCCAACCACACUGGCCAAACCCAACAGUCCAUCAAUUUCUCUCCACCCACAAAGAAGAAUGCAAAACAAUCACUGUUUAUAUGAACAGUGAGAGAAAGUUCCAGUAGAAAUAUGUAAACAUAGACAACUUUCAGAAGAACUUUAAAUCUCUUUAAAAAACAGGGUGAGAUUUAUUAUUACUUUUUAUAAUGGAGAAACAAUUGCAGCCAUCUUUUGGAACAGAAUUUCCUCAUGAGUGCAUUCAUGCUCAAAACAUCUUAUACCACUAACUCAUGAGGCAUCUUUCAGCUAGGAAAUUUCAGGAAGAAUGACAAAAAUAAAAGUAUGAUGAUUAACUGUAAAAACUUAAUUACACAUUUGUACUAUAGCAGCUAUUCUAUGGUCCCUUAAAAAAAGAGGUGUUAUAAUAACCAGUGAUUGAUGAUUGAGUGUACAGACCUUGUCAUGAAAGCAUUCUCUGUGUAUGUACAAUGAACACAGAUAAAUGCCAGUUUCACUGCUCUUCUGUGAUGUGGAUAUAGGCUCUUCUCUAAACGAGCAGCUUCUGCUGGAGUAGUUGUUAGAAUGCCUUAAAUUUCUACACUUCCUUUUACUUAGCACUGGGACCUGUGCAAUGGCAAUUAUGAUACCCAGUUAUGAUUCCCAGAGGUGGAAUUGAUGUGGGCAGAGUAGGAAAGCACUGGCCAGUGCAUAACCUGCCAAAGGCUGAGAUGAGUUUCUAAUGUGGGUUUGCAGGUGUAUUAAUUCCUCUCUUUUAUCUGAGUACUGUCCUGCUGCUACCCUAAAUGAAUCCAGAUAGGAACAGAGUCAGAUUUCCCUUCAAGCCCUUCACUCCCCAGUAUGGAACACUGCUGAUUUAACCUAGGUAGUGUUCAGGAUGGAAGCAGAGUUGCAAGGAAGUGGAGCUCACACUUCACAGUCACGUUGCACACAAACCUGCUGUUGGGUGGAUGUGGGUUUUGUCAUCUCCCUUUUCCGAAGCCUUCUCAAACAUAUUGCAUGUAAAAUCACUUUUAGCAUUUAAAUUGUAACUUCAGCAAAAAUCCAGACAGUAAUUUAUACUGGAAAGACUGACAGUAUUUUGUGAAAAACCAAUCUGGAUUAUGACAAAACUUUGGGGUUAUUUUUUCUUUAUCAAUGGCCCAAGUAUCUUUGAGCAAAUGAGCAUCCUGGCUGUGUCCAGAUCCUAAAUCUGUGCCUCAGACCACUUCCUUUGCUGAUGGAAACAGCCCAUUUUUAUCUCUUGGAAUGUUUGCUUUGGAGACCACAAAUAUCCUUUUUUUCUGCUUAGGGAAUCUGGUAAAAGAGGAAGGCUUUGCCUGCAGUGACAAAAUGCUCAUGUAACUUCAUAAGCACAGAAAUUGGUUAAAAACUAUUUCUGUUCAUGGCACUAGUGCCUUGAAGUACAUGUUUCUAUUUUUGUCCUCCAUAAGGAGGAAAACUAUCCUGAGUUUACUUCAGUACUCACGUAUAUGCACCUAAAUGUUUUUGUUUAUUUUUAAUGGAUUUUUUAAAAAUUACAAAAUUCAACUCAGUGAUGUAUGACGUUGAGAACUGCAUAGAAAACAGCACUUUGAUGCUCUCUUGAUGUAGAAGAGAACUGCACUCUCUCAGAAAAACUAUCAUUUGUUUCUGAACAAACAGAAGGUUAGAACAGAAUUUACUUAAGAUAUAGCAAGUACUGCUUUAUUUCAGUGCAGGCACUUUAUGAAUAUUGUUUUUCCAUCCUGUUAUUGGUAAGAGUAUUAGCAUAGCCAUGCUUUCUCUUUAGUUUUUUUUUCUUGUCCAUGCCAAAGAGUGUAAUUGAACUGCUAUUGCAAACAUAGAUUAAUGUGAAUGUAUUCACUCAUGUGCUUAAAGAUCUCUUCCUCUCACAGCUAUUGUAACUGCUUGAACUGUUAUUGCACACAGUAGAAAAAAAAAACCCUGAAUCCAUGUGAGAGUCUAAAUCCUAUUUCCAUAUACAGAUAAAGGAUUUAAUUCUUAUUAGCUUGCUGUAAAAUCCUCAUUGCUAAAAAAUGGGCAUAAGUACCUGAGAAGUGCUGUGUGAAUAGCACUUUGCAUUGGGCAAAUAAUGAUAUAAUUUUGGUUUGGGAAUUUUUAAUUUAUUUUUUUCUCACCAAAAUAAAAAGACAACAACAGCAAUUCAUUAGACAUGAAAGGUUAGCCUUGAUCCCCUUUGAAUCCUCAUGCUGGAUCUCUUCUACUUGGCUUGAAAUUCCUAAAUAACAAUUAUUUACCAUGCUGGCUCUGGUGUUUAGCAAGGAGAUAAACUAGUUGGAAGCAAGAGCUGCUCACUGAAAUAGCUGGAAUUUUUUGUAUGUGGUAGAAACCCAAUGUGAGAAGGUUUUGUUCCCCCUUGUCACUCAGCUGUGUUGUAAAGUGAGGGUUGAGCCAACCUGCCAGGAGGUGAGAAUGAUGAUUCGUAAAUACUGUUGGUAUCUUGGAUGAUUUCCCACACAAAUGAGUAAACUGUCCUGAGACCAAACUACUCUUCAUCUCCUCCUUAUUUUCUCCUUGUUUCCCCCUAGAACUGGGCAAAUUUGACUCCACUGUGGAUACAGACUCUGAAGUGUAUUUAUGAAUGUGAGAAAAAUUGCAGUCUCUGUGGAAAAUGUUGUCAAGAAAUUAAGGAAAGCAGUCAAGGAUUUUCCCUGUUCUCAUUCAGCCUCUCUGGAUUGUGCCACUGAACCCUUCCCUUUACAUAAGCCAGGCCUGAUUUGGGUGAUGUGUUGCUCUGGGAGGUUUCCAAGGCUGGUGCCACCAGUCUCUCCAGGAGCCUGGUGGAGUUAAAUGAGUGCUAUGUUAAACCAUAAAAAACUGUUUGAAAACUGUCAUGGUAUCUCACAUUACACAGUCCAGAACUCUUCACUCCGUCUCUCCUGCAGCAGAGAGAAUUAUUUCUCCCAAUUAACAAUGUAAAGUCCAGCAGUCUGUGUCUGAAACACAGCACAUCUUCCUGGAGCACACAGGAGCAUCAGUUAAUCCAUUCCACUUUCUAGGCUGCUGCAACACUUUUAAUUGUGGUUGUUGAAACAGGGUCCAGCAUUUCACUUCACAAGCUGCUGGCAGCCUCUUUAUUGAGCCACAUUCUUUGAGAGCAGCAGGCAGUCCCUGUGCUCAGUGGUGCUGAGAAGCUCUGUACUCAACAGAAUCCUUCCGUGGCGGGACCACUCUGCUGGGGCCCACAGCCAGUACAGGCUGCUGGUAUCAGAGCAAUUCUGGUCAAAUACACUCUAAUUAAAAUAGCCCAAACUACACUACUGAGAAAUCAAUAUAUUGUUAUCUGAAGUACACUCCAGAGAGGUUUUUGAAUGUUUAUAAACAAAACAAAAAUAACAAAACACCCCAACAGUUCCACUGAAGUUUCCUCCCUCUGCAUCCUUUAAUCUUCAAAAACAUUCCUGCAGACUUCAGAGAGGAUUUUAUUGCUAUCAAGCUGAUUGGGUCUUAUUUCUCACAUCCCUUCCUAACAGAGACAAGGACAGCUGAGGUGUGCAGGACAGUGGCAUCAGUCUGAACAGAAAUAGGUCAUGAGGAGUCAGUGCAUUUCCCAUGAGGAAUUUCAGCUUUUGGGCUGUGAUUAUGGGGGAGUGGCAUUGACACCAGUUUCAGCCUCUGCUUGGCCUGCUCAUGUGGCCUCACUAAUGCAGAGCACCUCUUGAAGCAUGUGCCGAUCUAAAGUUGGCUUCUGGAGAGAGCCAGCUGUGCCAGCUGUGCAGGUAUCUGGCGUAAAGGUGCUGACAUGGCCACCAGAUUUGGAGGAGAGCAGAUCCAGACAUCCUACACUGGCCCUUUGUCCAGUGCAGCUCUUGCCUUGCCUGGAGGAGGAAAGACUGUUCCCAAAUCUCUGUAGAGUUGGCAUUUGUGAGGGUAGCUCAUUAGCACCCAUAGUUUUAAAAGAUUUAGGUGUGGUACCACCUGCAAAGAUCUGAAGCAGAUCUUUCUUGCUUGUAAGUCAGUGCAGAGCCUGAAAGCAUUUCAGGCUCUCUGAAAUAUGUGUCCUGUGAUGUAUGUAUUCAAUCAUACUGUCUCUUACAGCCACCUGGGAAAAGCUUUAUAAGAGUCUAGAUUAUCUACUUCUUCUUUUUUUUUUUUUUUUUUUAAUGCUGCUUAAGAGGUUCCUACAGCGGGUAUUUGGGGAAAAAGCAGAACACUUUUUCAUAAUUUGUUUAACCACUGAAAGCAGUUGAGGAGCAGAUCCCUCACCAGUGUACAUAGAUCAUCCUGUGAGCAGCCAUGCUGAUCCACAUAAGUGAGGGUAGAGCCUGGCCUGUUUUGAAUAUUAUCUUUGUUUAUUUGUAUGGUCUUUUGCAGUGUAAUGACUGCUUUAAUUGCAUGUGUUUGACAAAACCAGAAAGGGAGUGAGGUUUAUUAUUGUUUUGAUACAGUCUUAAAAGAGAAGCUUUUUACUAGCAUUUUAAUACAGCCCUUUGUAAACACUCAGCAAAGAAAAAUGCUGAAUCCAAUCCUUCUGCUAGUGCAGUCACUGAGUUUCCUGCGGCUUUAGUAGGAGCUGGACUGGGUUCAGUGUAUGUGGUACACUCCAGCAUUACUGAUAACGAGUUAAUGUGUUUUAUAUAUUGAUGCUUUUUGCUGAACAGUGCAUCGGCUUUUUAUGAUUUGGUGAAAUAUAAAAAUAAAUUAUUUGAAAAGUCA